GGUUAUUUAAAAGACGGAAGUGGUCUGUCAUACAUCCGGAAGUGACGCAGUAUUAUUGUACGUGCUAAAUUUCUCCCCUGAAAAUCGAACCAUCUGCUAUCGUCAACAAGCGUACUUUAGCAAAAAGCUUAGAGAUAACAUACAACAUGCCGAGUGGUAGAAACUUUAGACAAAGAAGGAACUCUUCAGAUGUAGAAGAAGAUGAGACAACCAAAGAAGUCAGAUCAAAAGUAGAGGAGGCUAAGGAGCUUCAGAGUUUGCGGAAACGACAGACUGGAGUCAGUGUGUCCGCCCUGCUGAUCGGGGACUUACUGCCACCAGAGAACGAUGCUGAUGAUGACCCUUUUAAAUUGAAGUCUGGAGGGGUUAUAGACAUGAAGAAAAUCAAAGAAAGGAAUAUGGGCCUGACAGAGGAGGAGACGGACCUGAACCUGGGCACUUCCUUUUCUGCUGAAACAAACAGAAGAGACGAGGAUGCAGACAUGAUGAAAUAUAUCGAGACAGAGCUGAAAAAGAAGAAGGGUUUGGUGGAAGCAGUGGAACAGAAAGUGAAGGUGAAGAAUGCAGAGGACCACCUGUAUGAGCUGCCAGACAGCAUCAACGUCAAUUCUGCCAAGAAGACGGAGGAGAUGUUGUCCAAUCAGAUGCUGAGCGGGAUCCCUGAAGUCGACCUCGGCAUUGAUGCGAAGAUUAAAAACAUUAUCCAGACAGAGGAUGCAAAAGCCAAACUUCUGCAAGAACAAAGGAACAAGAAAAAAGACAACGGCACCUCAUUUGUUCCCACCAACAUCGCCGUCAACUAUGUCCAACAUAACCGCUUCUAUCGUGAGGAUGUGAACGCACCACAGAGGCAUCAGAGACAACGAGAGGAGCCCAAGGCGAGGGCGCUGCGUGUGGGAGACACUGAGAAACCAGGUCUAGAGGCUCCGUCUCCACCCAACUAUCGCAAGCGUCCAAACAACGAAAAGGCCACAGAUGAUUACCAUUAUGAGAAGUUCAAGAAGAUGAAUCGACGAUAUUGAGAAGCUCGGUGUCUUUUUUAUAACCCAACUUGAUGUCCAUCUUUUUGAAGAUAACAUUUGCAGACCAGUUUCUCAAACAGCUGUUUAUUGGAGUGCUCCCAAGCCAGUAGUACUUUGUAAAAUGUUGGGGUUAUUCGUCUACUCAACAUCAUUGAGGGGAUCAAGGAGCAUAUCAAUUGUUAAAUGAGGUGUAUCACGUAAGCUUUGCUCGUCAGUGCAUUGUUAAAUGUUGACUUUUAGUUGUAGAAUUGGAUUUCUGGCAUUCAAACGAUUUAAUAAAACGUAAAACCAAA